UCCCUUCUCUUUUUUUUUCUUUUUUCUUGGCAGCGCGCCCAAGCCCGCCUCGCUGCCGUGACGUCACGAGUGUUUCUGUGGUGGAGUUGCUGCCCGACGCACGAACGUAAAGGCGAGCGGCGGUCCUUGCUUUGCGUUUAGAGGCGAUAGAGCAGGGAGGCUCUGGCCAGAACGACUUCGUCGGAGGAAGGCGGACUGUUGCCGUUGAGCAGAAUAGAAUUCACUCCCUGUGGGCCAGAGCCCAGUGACACCCUUGCCGGGAAGGGCAAUGGAAAGAUGGACAUCGUGGCUCCUUUGGCUGUCACUGCUUCUACAGAUUCUACAGAUCCUGGCUGCUCUGCGGUCCCCCUGGACAAAGAGGACUAUGUGUUUGUUGAGAGGAAGCACUCCAGCAAGGUCCUGAAGGGCCUGAACAGUUUGCGCUUAAACAAUGCCUUUUGUGACGUGAUCCUGUGUUGUGGGGGGCAGGAGUUUCCGUGCCACCGGAUUGUCCUUGCUUCCUUCAGCUCGUACUUCCAAGCAAUGUUCUCCACGGACCUGAUGGAGUCCAAGCAGGAGCGGGUUGCUAUUAACGGAGUGGAACCCCAGAUGAUCAGUAUGCUGAUUAACUAUGCCUACACAGCUGAGGUGAUCAUCACCAAGGCCAACGUCCAGGCCUUGUUGGCAGCUGCCAACCUUUUAGAUAUCAUGGCAGUGAGGGAAGCCUGCUGCAAGUUCAUGGAGCGUCAGAUGGAUGAGCUGAACUGCGUUGGCAUCCACUGCUUUGCCGAGGCUCAUGCCUGCACCGAACUGGUAUGCAAGAGUAUGGAGUUCAUACUGCAGCACUUCAGCACGGUAUGCAGGCAGGAGGAGUUCCUGUCGCUCUGUGCUGACAAGCUGACCGAAAUCAUCGCCAGCGACGAGCUGAAUGUGGAAAAGGAGGAAACUGUUUUUGAGGCAGUCAUGCUGUGGCUCGAGAAGAAUGCCGAUAGGCAGCAUGCGUUUGAGAAGGUAUUGGAGCACAUUCGAUUGCCUCUGAUUAGUCCUUACUACAUCCACGAUAUCAUCGAGACCCAGCCAGUUAUUAAAGACUCCCUGCCGUGCCAAAGGCUCAUCUCGGAGGCGAAGGAUUACCUGUUGCUUCAAGACCGGAGAGGAGAGCUGUAUGGACCACGUACCCGACCACGAAGAUCAACAGGAACUUCAGAGGUGAUCAUAACAGUUGGAGGAGAAGACGACAAAGUUGUGCUGCGCAGCGUGGAGAGCUUCGACACCAUAACAAACCAGUGGAGGUCCCUCUCUUGCCUGCCUUUUGCUGUCAGCAAGCAUGGACUUGUAGUUUCAGGGUCCAUUCUCUAUCUGGCCGGUGGUGAAUUCCCAGAUGGAUCUGCAAGUAGAGAGAUGUGGCGUUAUGACCCUUGCUUUGAUACUUGGCAGGAAAUGGCUCCCAUGAACAUUGCUCGCUCUGAGCUGGGUUUGGCAAUGCUGGAUGGAUUUGUCUUUGCAGUUGGAGGCUGGGAGGGCCACUCGAGGCUCGAUUCUGUGGAGUGCUACAAUCCCCAUAUCAACAUGUGGCAUUUUGUGGAGUCAAUGAAGAUGGCAGUUACAAGUCCUGCAGUUGUGGCUUUAGACGGAUUGCUCUAUGUGACUGGGGGCGCUGUUUUGGAAGAUGGAGAUGGCAUGGAUCUAGCUCAAGUUUACAAUCCCAAAACGUGUGUGUGGACAGAAGUGGCUUCAAUGCAAAUUGCCAGAUCAGGCUCUGCAGCUUGUGUGCUGAAGGGGAAAAUUUACGUUAUUGGUGGGUGGCAUGCGUCAACAGAAAACACUGACAAAGUAGAGUGCUACGAUCCUAAGACAAACAGGUGGACCAUGUGUGCCCCAAUGAAGGAACGCAGAUAUCGACCGGGUGUAGCAGUGGUAGAUGGGAAGAUCUAUGUGCUGGGGGGAGAGGAAGGCUGGGACAGGUACCACGAUACCAUCGAGCGGUACUGUGACGAGACGGACAGCUGGGAAAUCAUUGGGGAAAUGCCAACAAGCCGCAGCUGGCUGAGCUGCGUCUCCCUUCAGGUGCGGAAGGAUGCCCGACCUGGCCGACUGUGCACCGAUUCAGAGAGGGAAUACUCUGUGGACUGAGCGGGCAGUCACCCGACCCUGAAAGGAAACGGUCCUGCCCACGUUUGUUGUGGAAGCUGCAGACUUGUCCUCUUUUGGCAGGCGACACAAACAGUAUGUGCCAAAACUGAGGUUGGAGGUCUUCUGUGCUUGUCCCAUUGAUGCACAAGGAAUGGGCCUGAAAACGUACAGCACAGUUUCUGCCUUUCUGUGCUGAGGCGUCUACCACUGAGGGCCAGCGGUGUUGGAGAACAAGAAGAAAUGUUGUGCCUACUUUGAAUGUUUCUUUGUUUGUUUGUUUUUUUUCCUAAUUUAAAUCCUUGUGCCUGUUCAGCAUUUAAAACAAGAAAUGACCACAGCUACACUUCUUGUCCACCUUUGGCAGAGGCGGCAGCAGCAAAAGUUUCUCAAGGGUUCAGAGGGGACAUCUUAACAAUCUGAUGAAUAUCUAAACUCGGUUGGACAGGCCAGAAAGGUGGCACCCAGAUGGGCAUGGCAGAGAGGUCAUGGCUAACCCAAGUAAACACGGACACUGAGCAUUGUGUUGUCUUUGUGGGAUAAUUCAGCCACCUAAAUGUGCCAAGUUCUGAGCUACUAACGCAAGUCCAUAACAUCUCCCUUGGUCAGCAGUGACAUUGGUUAGUCAGGUUGUAUUUGAACCAUUGUGGUGCACACUUAAUACAUUUACUUUUUAUUGUCGCUAAAAAGUAUUAGAGCUGAUUAACAGUUGACAUUGUUUUUGUUUGGCUCAUUUAGCCAAUCGCCAGUGCCCCACCAUUUUUUCAUAAAGCACCAUGUUGAAAUUCACAUCGACAAAAAGAAAUGGGGCAUCACAAAUGGUAGCUAGCAAUUUCCACAGCACUUGAAUGCAGCCAUUAUUGUAUUUUUAUAUAUUUAUGUAUUUAUUUGUUACACUGAUCUCUCUGGGUGGUUAUUUAGCAGUAGGCAUAUAAGUACUAACUACUGUGGUACCAUGUUUUAUUG